AUGGCGUCCCAAGCCCUGCGCCGCCUUCGCUUGCUCGCGGCUCGGGCCGCCGCCCUCCCCGCCUCACCGCACCAGCGACUCAGCCGGUCGCCCUUCGCCGCUCCGUCGCGGGCACAGGCCCACAUGGCGUCGUCGUCGUGGGCCGUCCUGGGCAGCAUCCCGCGGGUCGCGCCCCCCGCGGACGGCGCCGACGUCUCCCUCGCGCUCACCCCGCCCCCGCGCGUCUCCAUCCUCACCGUCUCCCCGCGCCUCUUCCCUGAGCCCGUCACUCCCAAGUACUUCCCCUUCGUCCUCGCCGCCGACCCCUCCGGCCUCCUCCUCCUCCAAGCCACCCUCGGCCGCCCCUGGACCCGCGAGAUCACCGACGGUCCCCACGGUCCCGGCGUCCACUGGCACGACUCCGAACCGCGCUACUUCGUCCUCGACGCCAACGCCGGCUCCGCGUUCCGCCUCCCCGAACCCAAGCCCGUCGACAUCAUGCACCAGGCCCUCCUCGGCCUCAUCGCCUCCCCUGGCGGCGGCGGCCACUACAUGGUCUCGGAGCUGCGCCCCAUCAUGGGCACUGACGAAGCCACGCUCCUCUCCUUCUCGUCCGAGGUCGGGAAGUGGGUCGAGCACUACCCGCUCCCGCGCCGCAUCUUCGCGCCCAUCGGCGUGGUCUCGCACCACGGGAGGCUCUGGUGGGUCGACCUCACAUGGGGCGUCAUCACCAGCGACCCCUUCGCCAGCGACCCGGCCCUCCGCUUCGUGCCGCUCCCGCCGGACAGGGUGCUGCGGUCCAGGGAAGCUUGGGGAGAGUCCGACAUGUACCGCUGCGUGGGGGUGAGCGCCGGCAAGCUGCGGUUCGUCGACACCUACUACAUGGGCCGUGUCAUCGGCGGCACUCCCAACAUCAGCGUGUGGACGCUGCCUGGUCCGGACUCCACGGAGUGGACGCUGGAGCACGAGGUAAGCUUUGGUGAGAUCUGGGCCGAUGAGAGCUACAAGGCCACUGGGCUGCCCGUGGAGAUCCCCACGCUCGCACUCAUCCAUCCCGAGAACCCCGACGUCGUCUACUUCUUCCUGGAGAAGCACAUGUUCGGUGUCGACGUGCGUGCGCGCAAGGUUGUGGACUGCAAGCUCUACGACCUGGUUGCGCCGCCGAGGUGCGCAGUCGCCAGCCGCUUCGUCCGAGCGUGGAGGCUUCCACAACAACAAUCACCAGGGAUGCUUAACUGGUCUAAUGAUCCAAUCUUGACUGCAAAAGACAAAUCUCCACAUGGGAGUUACCCCCUGGAGGGACUUACCAGCAAGACAUUCAUAGGAUGA